UUCUUCAAGGUUUACGUUGUCUCACAAUUACCACGAUUUUCGUGGUAAUUUUUAAAACAAAAUUCUCUCCGUGUACGAGCGCGUUUGCGUUAACAAGGUAUUCGCGUCGAGGCUGUUUAACGACUUCCUCCCCCGUCGCGAAUUCUUCCCUCGGAAAGUCGCCGUUUCCGAGCGGUCAACGAGCAACAGACGAAGUCGGUAAUGAAGACGGCGGCAAUUAAGGUAAACAGGCUGUCGAUUCUUAACGGCCGCAUCUGCACGCGCAAUUACAUUUCUCUCAUUUGCCAACGACGCGCUUACUCAAUCGUUAUCCUCGCAUCGUAAUUCUAACGGCCGGCGUUUUCCAUCCGAUAUCGGAUUUCCAGUAACAAGCUUGCGUAUCCGCGCGAAGAAAACGGUUUACGGCUCUCGAGCGAUCGCGCUAAUGAUAUUUAUUUAUUUAUUCACUUCGACGCCCGGGUCCGUUCGAUCUACUCUACUGGAUAUCCUCUACAGAACUGCACUUUCUCCGGCGCGUCCACCUUCUUCCCUUUUUUUUUUUCGCGACGCUCGCCGCGCUGAAAUAACAUUCGCUUCCCAAUUUGGGAUAGCGAAGUCUAUACCACGUCGCGGCUCCUCGCCGAUCGCUCGACGAUGCGGCGAUCGUCCUCUCGGAAUUCAUCCCGUCGUCGUUCCGGAGCGAGCGAUCGCGGGUAUAGGCAGCGACGACGGUAGAGGAGGACUCUUUUACUCCUCUCGAGUUUCACCGGCUUACUUAGGAGCGCGCGCGGAGAAAAGCGACGUCAGUUCGCAGGGGCGAUUCGCGGCGAGAGCGCGGACGAGCGGUCUAUCUUGUCUGUCUGUCUGUCUGUGCCCGCGAAAGUUUCGCAUCUCUCGUGAGCGAGAAGAGAAAGAAAGACACACACACACACACACACGAUUCGAAAAUGGAGUACGCGUCCGCGGAUCGCGACGUCCUGGGCGCGCGGUGACCGAUUAGAAGGCUCCUCUGACACGAGAGUGGAAAAAAAAAAGAGGGUGAAGAGGGUGCAAAGAAAAAAAGUCGUUCCGUUCCAAAAGCGAGCAUCGCCAGGGAAUAAAGAGAGUGCUAACACGAUGGAUUAGAAACGUCGACGUGCGAGCUGAUACGCCGGGCCAAUUAGCAAUUAUCUUGGUGCGAGGAUAAUUACGAGGAAAGUUAAUUACGGAGAUUAUCCGACUACCUUCGCGCUCCGACCUCCGUGGCUCGCGAGAUCGGAGAUUCAACGGGGGGAAUUCCCCGAGCGGGUUUUCUCGAGCUCGCGGCUCGCCUGCAUGGUUCCUGAGGGAGUCCUGGGCCUGUGCAACCGGAAGAACGUGAUCUUCGUUAUUCUGUGCGCCGCGGUGAUCUACGUGCACUUCGUCGCGACGAAGAGCGACGAGACAAAGUGCCGCGGCGACAGGGGAUCGCGGGGGUGUCGCGAGGACCAGGCAUUGAGGUUCCUGAUCGCCCUGUAACUAUGCGGAGGGUGCUCCCCGUUCUCGCGCUCAUCGCAUUCGCGUGUGACGUGUCGCGCGUGGGCCCGCUGGUCCACGGUGAUCCCGUGAGGAAGCCGGAAGCUGCGGGACGGAGCGGCGACCACGAGUAUCAGACGAAACCGCGUGGACAGCACGACAACGACGGGGAGGUGCUGCAGAGUCCCGCGGAGGAUCGCGAGGAGCGGUCGAGCGAGCCUCCGCCGGUAGGCAAAUGGAGAAGCAACGGCGAGGCCCUCGAGCCAAAGUGGCGCGACGGGGACUCCGUGCCGCUGCUACCGUUCUCGCAGUACCGGUCCUACGCGAGGGACGACGAGGUCGAGGAUGCCGCCGAGCAGGCCGCCGCCCCGGAGACAUCGAGUCGUCGACCGUUCAAGUACGCGCUCGAUCAACCGGAUCGUCCCCGAGGGAAUCCGCCGCCGGCCAGGCGAUUUCAGUCCCGGGACGACUAUCGGGGACGAGACUACGAGGAGCCCGAGGACGAGGAUUAUCCGCGCAGGCGGCGCCGUCCGUUGAAGAGUCCGCAGAGUCCGACGUUCUACGAGGAGACGAUCGACGGCGCGGAGAGCAGUGACGUGAAACGCGGUCGUAACAUCAUCAUCGACGGCCCAUCGUCGUCGUCGUCGUUGUCGUUGAACGAACGAGAGGCCACCUGGAGGUAUCGCGAGGCCUUCCAGGCGCGUCCCAACGAGUACGAGCAGGAGUUCAGCGACGAGGAGUACCUGCGGCCCAGGCCGAGGAAGAGGCGACCGCCGCAGAAUUACGAAUUCGCGCUGGCGAACGAGGCGACCCCCGACAACGACGGGGACGGGGAGCCGAGAGACGCGUCCUCUCGUCGUUCGCCGAAGCGAGGCGACGACGUGAGUCCGCCGGCGGAAUCGUCGUCGUCGUCGUCGUCGACGGACAGAGAGCGGGAGAACGCGCUCGAGCUCAAGUCGCUCCUCAAGAUGCAGCAGGAGGAGGGCUCCAGCCUGUCGGAGAUACUGCAGCGCAGAAACCUGACUCUGAACGACCUGCUGAGGGGCAAGGCUGACGUGAUCAACGCCCUCAAGUCGAAGAUCGAGGCCGAGGACGAGUCCGACGAGUACAUCGAGGAGAUGUCGAGGGUGAUGUCCGACUCGUUGAUGAAGCUCGCCGCGACGGUGACGCCGCCCUGGGGCUUCGCGCGAUCGUCCAGCACGAUGACGUCGACGACGACGGCCUUGAACACGGUUCAAGGUGGUACCACCAGCUCGGUGUCCCAGACGACGACGGCCGCCAUGAAGAACGAGACCACGACGAGGAGUCCCGAGGAGAAACCCGCGAACGACACGAAUCGCGCGUUUAAGGAGGAAGACUUGAAGGAGGACGUCGAGAAGCCGACGCAAUCACACGAUUCCCCGUGGCUGAGAGCUCCGACGACUCCGCUGACGCUCUCGACGGUGAUCACCACGUCGCCGUCGCCGCCGCCGGUCGUGGUGAACUCCGCCGAGUACUUCCUGAACGACGACGGCAACGUGGAGUCGAGCGCGAGCGACCGUGCGACGAGGCUCGAGAACCUCGAUGAGGACGAGAUCAUGGAGUUCUCGGACUUCACGGACUUCAAGAAGGGAAAGGGCCCGGCGGCGGCCUGGACGAGCGAGAGGAUCGUCUCGCAGCAGGCGCCCCGCGACACCGAGUCCACCUUGAGCAUCGAGCAAAUUCUCAAGCCCACGGAGCGGACCAAGCUGAAGGCGAGAGGUCGUGAGAAUCACGAUCGGGUUACCGACGACGCCAGCGGUAACAGUGAUGGAAAAGCGAUUCAACAGAUCGACGGUCAAUCGGUUCCUAUCGUCGUGAAGGAUCACAGCACGUUCGUCGAGACCGAGUAUCAGGGCGACACUACGAAACUUGAAAACGGGAGACGAAGUAAGACGAAGAGUCACUCGAGUCUGAACCCUGACCCCGCUGCUGCUUCGGGUCAGACCGAGAAUCCGACUGACGAUAGAGACCAGCUGGGCGACAAGAAUCACUCGGCCGAGUAUCAUCAGGUGACACGACCGACGUCGGACGCGAGUCCUCGGUACGAGGACGUCAUCUCCGAGAUCGAGCCGGAGGCGCGGGCGGAGAUCUUCGAGCUGUUCGCGUCCGGCUCGGCCGGCAAGCGACUGGAGCGUCUUCUCAAGUCGAGGAACAUGAGCGUGGAGGAGCUGAUAGCCCUGCGCCAAAGGGGCUCCAGCAAGGUCCACCUGACGGAGGUGUCGCGGCUGAAGAUGUCCCAACCGAAGAAUCAUCAAACUACGGAAACCUUCAACGCGAACAACGGUGAGAUUAUCAUACCGCUCUUGCCCGUGGGCAGCAGCUCCGACGAACGGGGUUUCGGCGGGGAUGAGACAAUCUCGGAGAGGGAAGAGGCGAAGCAAGAGGCGGAUGAGACGAUGAAUCGAUUCAAAGACAUCAUGAGCUACCUACACGAUCCAUUCUUCGACAGGAACGCGGAGAACAUGUCGAGGCUGCUGGACCAGGCGCUUGAGCGCGAGAGAAACACAGCGAGGGGAACGACGUACUCGGAAAACGACACGCUGAACGACGAGGAGCGAACCGACGAGCUGGAGAAUUCCCGUCGAACGGUGCAGAUCGUCGAUCUACUAACGACGUUCGGCUCUCUGCCCUUCGCAAGGGACGUGCAGCGGCAGUUCGAAGCCGAAGUCGAGAACGAACGCGAACCAAAGACGAGGCUACCGAUGGACAACGAUAACGCGAGUGUAGUGGUGAUCGACGAAAAGGCGGAGAAGAGCUCCCGAUCGGGCAACUCCAGUAAAUUCCACGCCGGAUACGUCGAGGAGGUCGUGAGGGAGGAACCGUCGGACACCGUCGACGUAAGGACGACGGUGUACGGCGAGACGGCGGUGAGCAGCACCAGAGACGGCGGAGAGGAGAAGAAGACCCUGUCGAGGGUGAAGCCGAGCAUAAUUGCGAGCGGCGCGAUCCUGGGCGUGACGAUCGUCGUGUUCCUGGCGAUCUUUAUCGUCUGCCGGAUUCGGCAGAAGCAAAAGUACAUGUACAGAAACACGUUCUCCCGCGCGGUGUUCCAGGGCCCGGUUAUGGCAGCGAGGAAGCUGUCGAACUCCAGCAGCCUGAGCGCCGUGAUGGUGAAUGUUGUCGCCACGUCGACGACCAAAAGGCCCACGGAGAGAACGCAGGAGACGCAGGAGGCCGUGGAGGAUUUCGACGGCAGGAGCGACAUGGACAACGACUCGUUAGACGCGAACGACAGUUGGGAGACGAUACCCGAUUAUGCGAAGUAACUCGUUGCCGGCACAGCUGCACGAUUAGCCUGUUAGUUUGGUGCAGAAGGUUGUCAUACAUCAGCCUUGUUUAUUAAGUGAAACUUAAAUAAAAUUGUGCCAGUUAUUAAUUUCACUGCAGUAACAUUUACUUUGAACAAAAUGGUUGCCAUUAAGAUUUUAAUACCGAUUUUCGAUUUGUUUCUCAAUCUUAUUUUCAAAACAAAUUAAUUAUUGAAAACAAAAGGUAAUUAAGACACACGUGUAAACCUUUUGCGCCAAUCUAAUAGAAAACUGCCAGUAUUUUCGCAUACUUAUCAAGGAUGAGUUAUAUCGAAGGCUGAUUGAAUAUCUUUAGUGAAAGCUACAUCGAUUGUUAAGUUACUCAUCGCGUUAUUUUACUGAGAAUGAAGUAAAACCAGUUCCACAGAUGUAUAUAUGUACUUCUUUAAAUUAAUCAUCCGACAGUAAUUACGAAAAAAUUAUAAAAUUGCAAUUAACAUUGUAGUUAAAUUGCAAUUAACAUUGCAGUUAAAUUAAAUUUUUCAAAUUGGAUUUUUUUAGUGCAAUAAAUGAGCGUCUUCAUUAUAAAAUUGUUAAACUAUUUUGCUGAACUUACACGUGUAGAAUAUAAAACGCGUAUUUAUUUAUAGGUUUAUACAUAUAUGUAUAUUAAUGUAAGAGUUAAAUUUUAUAUAUAAAAUUGUAAAUUUUAUUCAAA